AUGAUCGAGACAGUAGACACGCAUGGCAUGUCCGAUACUGAAAGCUUUUGGCUUGCCUCAGCCCUAUUUGCGGGCGCCGAAACCUCUUCAGGCGCUCUUUCCUGGUGGCUUCAUGCCAUGCUCUUGAAUCCCGAGGCACAGAGACGUGCCCACAAAGAACUGGACCGUGUGAUCGGACGCGAGCGAGUUCCUACAUUCGACGAUGUGCCAAAGCUGCCCUAUCUACGCGCAACGAUGAUGGAGGUGAUGCGCAUUCGGCCCGUCGACCCUGUGGGCCUGCCUCACUGCCUUUCCGAGGACACAUGGUAUGAAGGAUACUUCUUACCGAAAGGCGCUAUUUUAGUCGCCAACGUCUGGGCUGUCAACCGCGACCCGACGUGUUCGGCCCAGAUGCUCAUAUCUUCAACCCUGAUAGGUUUCUGGAUCCUGUGA